CGUCACGGUCAGCCCACGCCUGGGUUGAAGCUGCCGGGCGCCUUCCUCUUGCUACGCGGCUGCUGCUUGCUCCUGUUCCCGCGCCCGCUUGCACAUCUUCCUGCUCGCGCGGUCCUGCUGCCGUCCGGUGCUCCCCGUCGCCGCUCAGGCCGAGAGGUUUUAAAAUGGAGCAUUUUGAUGCAUCACUCAGUACCUAUUUCAAGGCCUUACUGGGCCCCCGAGAUACGAGAGUCAAAGGAUGGUUUCUUCUGGACAAUUACAUCCCUACGUUUGUCUGCUCUGUCAUUUACUUACUCAUCGUAUGGCUGGGACCAAAAUACAUGAAGAACAAGCAGCCGCUCUCUUGCCGAGGCAUCUUGGUGGUGUAUAACCUUGGACUCACCCUUUUGUCUCUCUACAUGUUCUGUGAGUUGGUGACAGGUGUGUGGGAAGGCAAAUACAACUUCUUCUGUCAGGGAACACGCAGUGCGGGAGAAUCAGAUAUGAAGAUCAUCCGUGUCCUCUGGUGGUACUACUUCUCCAAACUCAUAGAAUUCAUGGACACCUUUUUCUUCAUCCUGCGCAAGAACAACCACCAGAUCACCGUCCUACAUGUCUACCACCACGCUACCAUGCUCAACAUCUGGUGGUUUGUGAUGAACUGGGUUCCCUGCGGCCAUUCAUAUUUUGGUGCGACGCUCAACAGCUUCAUCCAUGUCCUCAUGUACUCGUACUAUGGUUUGUCCUCUGUCCCUUCCAUGCGCCCCUACCUCUGGUGGAAAAAGUACAUCACUCAGGGGCAGCUGGUCCAGUUUGUGCUGACAAUCAUCCAGACAACCUGUGGAGUCAUCUGGCCAUGCUCCUUUCCUCUCGGGUGGCUGUAUUUCCAGAUCGGAUACAUGAUUUCCCUGAUCGCUCUCUUCACAAACUUCUACAUUCAGACUUACAACAAGAAAGGGGCCUCUCGGAGGAAAGAGCACCUGAAGGGCCACCAGAACGGGUCUAUGACUGCCAUCAACGGCCACACCAACAGCUUCCCUUCCCUGGAAAACAGUGUGAAGCCCAGGAAGCAGCGGAAGGAUUGACAAGCCAAGCGGAGGCCUCCAGAGCACGGCGUGUGAUUGUAAGCACAGUAGGAGUUGUGCCCUGACGCUCAUAACAGCUGCUGUCACUAGUCUGGCCCUACUAUGUGCAGCGUGACUUACGUAGGACCUUUUUCAUCAGUUCAAAACCCCUAGAAUAUGUAUACAGAUUAUACAAGUAGGCAUACGAUUUUCUCACAUUUCUGGGCUCUCAUCGACCCCCGCGCUAGACUGUGGAAAGGGAAUGUUAUUGUAGUAUACGACACUGCUGUUGCCUUAUUAGUUGUAACACGAUAGGUGCUGAAUUGUGGUUCACAAUUUAAAACACUGUAAUCCAAACUUUUUUUUUUUAACUGUAGGCCAUGCAUGUGAUUGUAAAUUUGUACAAUGUUGUUAACAGUAGAAAAACACACAUGCCUUAAGACUUUAAAAGCAGGGCCCAAAGCUUACUAGUUUAAUUAGGGUAUGUUUCAACUUUGUAUUCAUUUGUAAUAGCUCUGUUUAGAAGAAUCAGUGUGUGAUUUAUGAAGCUACUGUGUGAUGUGUAACUUCAAGUGACUUGGGGCUGGAGAGUCUGGCGGCACCUUUGGUUUUACGAUGCUGGCUUUAAUAAGCAGGCUCAAGUCUAGUGGGAUAGUCAGUUUAGCUUUUUAACAGAUCUUAUUUUUUUAUUUUGAGUGCCACUAUUAAUGUGUUUAAAGGGGUGGGGAAAGGGUCCAGAGUGUCUGAGACGCUUCCGUACCUGUCCUUGGUCCCCCAGAGUCUAGGAUGAGUAGGCCACUUUUCAUUUCUGAAGUGCUUAGUGUUUUUAUACAGGAGACAAAAAGGCCAUUCGACCUCCCGCCACUUGGAGAGAGGAGAACUACCUUUCAGGAAAGGCGGUGAGACAUUUAUUAUGUGACAGUUACACACACAGUGAUGGGGAACGGGUUGCCUGGGUCCAAAUGUUUUUUAUUCUUUUCUGUAGUGCUACUUUGACGUACACUUCCUUUUAAAAUGUGCCUAAUUUACAAAGAGACCAGGAAGCACCAUAAGCAUUUUGAGGUAAAAUUUAAGAGCCGGAGCACGCAGGAACCGGGUGUUUGGUGAGCAAUUGCUUUAUCCAGUGUAAAUCUUGGUGGCAUCUGUAAUUUUUUUCUGCUUAGCAUCUAAGAUUGGUUAAAACUCUUGUUUAAAAGUAACAGACUGCUUAUCCUAAAAUCAUGUCUAGUGCACUUGAGGCGUUGGUCACACGAGUGGGGACUCUUUAUUAUGUGUGUCAUUUUUAAAGUGUUGAAAGUUUAGCCUUUGAGUACCUUCUGCAUUGAUUUAAAAAAAUUCAUUGAACCACUCAUGACACAUCUUAGGAGAUGAUUGACAAUGUAUAAACUAAUUGUGGGUUUGAUAUGUAUGUAAAUACCAGUUUACCAUGCUUUAAUUUUGCACAUUCGUAUUAUAAGGAGCCAAUUGGUCCUAAUUAGUCUUGUGGAUUUUUUGUUUGGAAGGAGUUGCAGCAUCUGUUUACAUUUACCUUAUCAAAUCUAGAAUGUGUAUGUUCGUGUGUGUCUUCAUCCUAGGUACCUGUUUGCAGGUGUCUUUACAUAUUUCAAAAACUAUAACAUUCAAUAGCGUGCUGUCAAAGUGUGCUUAGCUCAUCUGGAUAUACCCACACUGUUAAAUAAUGUCUAAACAUUAAUCAUUAAAACCUUUUUGAUUACCUGU